CCAAGGGGCAUCACAACCUCUUCUCACCUCUUUAUAUUUGACAAGGCAAAACGAAAAAUAUAACAAAAAGAAAAACAAAAUAAUACAAAAAAAAAAAAAAAAAAAAAACCUUAGAAACAUCAAUCUUCUUCCAGACAAGAUGCCGUUUGGGGGACAAAAUAGCAAUGGAGGCCAGAGGAAGAAGAAGAUCGCCAUAAUCGGCACCUCGGCAUUGAUCCUCGUAGCGAUGGUGGUGGCGGUGGCGGUCGGUUUCAACCGCAGUGAAUCCGACAGCCAAUCGGCCGCCCCCACCAGCCCUCCUCCCAGCGUCUCCACCACCACUAAGGCCAUUCAGGCCAUCUGCCAGCCAACGGACUACAGGGAGACCUGCGAAAACAGCCUCACCUCCGCCGCCGGCAACACCAGCGACCCGAAGGAGCUCAUCAAAGCGGCCUUCAACGUCGCCAUCGACCACAUCUCCGCCGCCAUUAGAAACUCCUCAACAUUGAAAGAGCUCGCCAAGGACUCCCGAACAAACCAGGCCCUCUCCAACUGCGACGAGCUCCUAAAAUACGCCAUCGACGACCUCAAGGAGUCCUUCGACAGAAUUGGACCCUUCGAAUACGAAAAGCUCGACGAGUAUGUCGACGACCUAAAAAUCUGGCUCAGCGGGGCGAUAACCUACGAGCAGACCUGCCUCGACGGCUUCGAAAACACGACCGGUGAGGCGGGCUUGAGGAUGAAGGCGAUGCUGAGAAGCUCCCAGGAGCUCACCAGCAACGGACUCGCCAUGGUGACGGAGAUUUCCUCCAUUUUGGCCAGCUACAACCUUCCUUUCAACGUGAGCAGGAGGCUCCUUUCGAGCGAGGACGGCGACGACACGGAGCUGUCGUGGCUGAGCGACGGGAAGAGGAGGCUUCUCCAGGCGACGGGGAAGACGAUAAAGGCAGACGUGGUGGUGGCGAAGGACGGGAGUGGCAAGUACAGGACGGUGAAUGAGGCUUUGAAGGAUAUUCCGAAGAAGGGAAACAAGACGUUUGUGAUUUAUAUUAAGCAAGGGGUUUAUAAGGAGCAAGUCAUGUUUGCUAAGAGCAUGACUCAUGUUAUGAUCAUCGGAGAUGGCCCCACUAAGACAAGGAUCACCGGCAGUUUGAACUUCAUUGAUGGUGUCCAGACUUUCAAGACCGCCACUGUUUCCGUGAUCGGAAGCAACUUCAUUGCGAAGGACAUCGGGUUCGAGAACUCGGCGGGGCCACAGAAGCACCAAGCUGUGGCCCUUCGCGUACAGUCUGACAUGUCAAUCUUCUACAACUGUCACAUGGACGGAUACCAAGACACCCUCUACGCCCACACCCACCGCCAAUUCUACCGCGACUGCGUCAUCACCGGCACCAUCGACUUCAUCUUCGGCGACUCCGCGGCUGUCUUCCAAAACUGCAAGAUGGUGAUCCGGAAGCCGCUGGACAACCAAAACUGCAUUGUCACCGCGCAGGGCCGCACCGAAAGGCGCGAGGCGACCGCCCUCGUCCUCCAGAACUGCACCAUCACCGGCGACCCGGCUUACCUCCCCGUCAAGGACCAGAACAAGGGGUACUUGGGGAGACCCUGGAAGGAAUUCUCGAGGACGAUCAUCAUGAAUUCCCGCAUUGACGAUGUCAUUGCACCAGAAGGGUGGUUGCCUUGGGCCGGCGAUUUCGCCUUGAAUACUUGCUUCUACACCGAGAUUUUGAACCGAGGACCGGGGUCUAAGCUCGACGGAAGGGUCAAGUGGCGCGGCAUCAAAAAGGUUCCGGCUCAGCGCGCGGUGGAGUAUACUCCUGGGAGGUUCAUACGUGGGGACUGGUGGAUUAAGGCCGCUGGUGUGCCUUACGUCUCUGGCAUGUUGAAUGUGUAGGAAACGUACGACAUCGUUUUGGUUAUGGUUUUUUUUUUUAAAUUAUUUCUUUCUUUAUUGAGAAUUUGAUUAUUUGUGCUUUCGUUGCUAAUUAAUGGGAAAGAAUAUUUCUCAAAGGGAAAUGAAUAAGUAGAAGAAUU